GAGACUUCUGAAGCUCGAGGGUGCUUCUACGGAUGAAGAGAAACAAGACGAAGGAGAGAGCAUGCCCAUGCAACCACUGCCUGGUCCAGAAGCCAAAGAGGACGGCGAGGCGAAAUUUCAGUCCGAAAGACCACUUGACGAGCGCAAGCUCGACUACAUCCAUUCCACACCAGGUGCCCAACCUCGUACCCAGUCCUCCGUCAAUAAAUCUAUAUCGCAACUACUCGCGCGUAACCGACUACGAAACGAUUCCUCCAAUCGUUCUGAGUUUCUAUAUCCGCAUCCUUCUAAACGGCGUCGUAUUGAUGGGACACCUGGCCCGUCCUCACUCAACACGGGCUCAUGUGCACGCACCGAUGCAAAGCCGAUCAACAGGGACGUCAUGAUGAAAUAUGACAUAGCAAAGAACGAGGAGGGACCUUUGAGGAGGACGACGAACGCAAAUGCAAAUGCAAAUACUUCGGGUAAUGCUUCAGGUUUGGAUGCUACGAAAUGUGAAGCAGGCGAGGAUGUGAGUGCGGAUAUGGGCGUCGGGGUGGGGGCGGAUGGGAAGGAGUCUGUGACACCUGAGCGUUACCCGCCUUUGGACGAAAGAUUGAAAAACUUGGAGACGCAUCUGGCAGUGAGAUAUGUGCCUUCGCCGCCAGUAUCUUUAUUAUAUCGUCUGCAGUACCUCGAAGACCAUAUCAUACGACUAGAGAAAGACCACCCGCCAUGGGCAGCUUUGCACUUCAACCAGCCUCGCCGCGGUUGGCCACCUCCACCUCGCCCAACACCAAUUAUUGUUCCUUCUCACCUGACAUCAUCUGCACCCCAUUCGUCCAUUGGCCCAACACAGACAUCUGCAUCCGCAUCUCCUUCAGCAGCUGGUUCUGGUGCCGCUGAGGGAAAGACUAAGAAGAGUAAGGGGAGGCAAAAGUCGAGUCUGCAUAGAGCUGUAUUGGAGAGACUGGAAGUGCAGAAAGCUAUGAGCGACUUGAAGGGAAUAGGACCAGGAUGA